AUGAAAGGAACAAUUAUAUCUCUUUCAUUUUUCAUUUUCUUUAUGACUCAUUUUAUAUUUUGCGACGAAAAUACAUUCUCUAAAGAAAUACUUGAAUAUGAUAAAGAUUUGGAAUUAGAAAAAAUAAAAGAAAAAUUAAAAAACUUAAAUGAUAUAAUAGUAGACAAAUUGAUAGAAUCGUUUCAAGAUAAUAUUGAUGUAUUGAAAGCAAUCAUUCAAGAAUUAGAAAAAGAAAAAGAAAAUAAAUUAGCAAAAGAAAAAAAAAGGGAAAUAAUAAAUAAUGAUCUUUUAAACAAUAAUAAUAUUAAUAAAUUCAAAGGACAAGGAUUUUUUAGUUCUACAUGGAAACAAAUUAAAGGAGAUUCUGAAGAGAAUCCUAAUAACCUACAAAAAUCUUCAAAAGGUCAAAUGUUACAAUCAAGUGAACCAAAUAAAUUAAAUGAAAAAAAUCCCCCUCAUCAAUCAAUUACAACAAAUUCAUCUCUAGUAAAAAACACCGUGUCAAAUACAAAUACAAAUGAUGCUAAUACAAAAUCUGUAAUUAAAUACUUAGAUAAUGCUUAUAAUGAAAUCCUUAAAGAAAUGAAUCUAUCGAAUGAUGCAGAUAAGGAAAUGUAUCGUAGUAGGUUUGAUAGGUUCAAACAAGGAUUUGAAAAUUUAAUUCUUAAUCAAAAUGAAUAUGAACUUAUUAAGAGACUUAUUCUUACUUUUUCUAAUCAAGAUGAAACAAGUACUGAAAAAAAAUAUCAUAUAAUAAAUAUGCUCAAAAAAGCUUUACAAGAAGAGAAAUUUAGUCAAGAAUUUAAAAAUUUUAUUUAUGGUAUUUAUGCAUAUGCCAAGAAACAUAAUUAUUUAAAACUUAUAGAUUCUAGUAAGGACAUAUAUAAAAAGGUUUUUGAAAAUGCAACCAACUUAUUAGAUACCUUACAAAUGAAAAUUAAAACAGUUCCUUCACAUUAA